AUGUCUGCUCCCGCCCACAAGUUCAAGGUCGCCGACCUGUCCCUGGCAGCCUUUGGCCGCAGGGAGAUUGAGCUCGCUGAGAACGAGAUGCCCGGUCUGAUGGCCAUCCGCAAGAAGUACGCCGCCGACCAGCCCCUGGCCGGUGCCCGCAUUGCUGGCUGCCUGCACAUGACCAUCCAGACCGCCGUCCUGAUCGAGACUCUGGCCGCUCUGGGCGCCGAGCUCACCUGGACCAGCUGCAACAUCUUCAGCACCCAGGACCACGCCGCCGCCGCCAUUGCCGCCGCCGGCAUCCCCGUCUUUGCCUGGAAGGGCGAGACCGAGGAGGAGUACAACUGGUGCCUCGAGCAGCAGCUGACCGCCUUCAAGGACGGCAAGAAGCUGAACCUGAUCCUCGACGACGGCGGUGACCUGACUGCCCUGGUCCACAGCAAGUACCCCGAGCAGCUCAAGGACUGCUACGGUGUCUCUGAGGAGACCACCACCGGUGUCCACCACCUGUACCGAAUGCUCAAGGAGGGCAAGCUGCUGGUCCCUGCCAUCAACGUCAACGACUCCGUCACCAAGUCCAAGUUCGACAACCUGUACGGCUGCCGCGAGUCGCUGAUUGACGGCAUCAAGCGUGCCACCGAUGUCAUGAUUGCCGGCAAGGUCGCCGUCGUUGCUGGAUUCGGAGAUGUCGGCAAGGGCUGCGCCAUGGCCCUCCACGGCAUGGGUGCCCGUGUCAUCGUCACCGAGAUUGACCCCAUCAACGCCCUCCAGGCUGCCAUGGCCGGCUACCAGGUCACCACCAUGGAGAAGGCUGCUCCCAUCGGCCAGAUCUUUGUCACCACCACUGGCUGCCGUGACAUUCUGACUGGUGUUCACUUCGAGGCCAUGCCCAACGACGCCAUCGUUUGCAACAUUGGCCACUUCGACAUUGAGAUCGACGUUGCCUGGCUCAAGGCCAACGCCAAGUCUGUCCAGAACAUCAAGCCCCAGGUCGACCGAUUCACCAUGGCCAGCGGCCGUCACAUCAUCCUCCUGGCUGAGGGCCGUCUGGUCAACCUUGGCUGUGCUACUGGCCACUCUUCCUUCGUCAUGUCCUGCUCCUUCUCCAACCAGGUCCUUGCCCAGAUUGCUCUGUACAAGAACCAGGACAAGGCCUGGGCCGAGAAGUACGUCGAGUUCGGCAAGACUGGCAAGCUCGAGACUGGCGUCUACGUCCUGCCCAAGACUCUGGACGAGGAGGUCGCCAAGCUGCACCUGGCCCACUGCCAGGCUGAGCUGACCACCCUCACCAAGGUCCAGGCUGAGUACCUCGGCCUCGAGGUUGAGGGUCCCUUCAAGUCUGAGAUGUAA